UGAUGACAGAAGAUGACUUUUUAAAUACAUAUAUGUCUAAAAAUCAUAGAAUUUCUGAGGGAUAUGCAUAUGCUAUUUCAGCAAACUGGUAUUAAUGAAUGUCAAUAUAAGGUAUAGACAAUUUUAGAGAUUUUUAUAAAAUCCAUCAGGUGUUGAUGUUACUAGAUUUAAUAAAAUUCAAAAUUUUAGUAUAGUAUAGAGAUAUGUGGAUAAAUCAGUCUCAUUAGAAUAAUAUACUAUUCCUUCUUAUCAGCAAAUUAAUUAUUCGCAUCUUUAUGGGUUAAAAUAAGAUGCUUAACCAUUGGUAGAUUUCUAUGUUGUUACUAUUGAUGAAUGGAUAUUUUUUAAACAAUAUUAUGGUGCAGGUAUAUAUACUGAUAGAGAAUGAUUUAGAUUACGACGUAAUUGUAUUUGUUACUAAACAUCAUCCUCAAAUCAACAACUAUUUUCUUUGUGAUAAUUUAGAUGAAGGAUUGUGUAUUUGCAAAGAAAUUAUAAAUAUUAUCUUUGUAAUAAUAUUUCCAAGAAAUAUAACUACAUUGUAAGCCAUCUUAACACCUAUAUGUCCAUGGAUGGAUAUAAUGAAAUUUCGCACUUUUCUAUUUUCCAUGUUCGAUUUAGGAUCAAAUACAAUCUAAUUCACUAAUGAAGCUUUUAUUUAUUUCAAUAAUAAAAAAGUACCUUUUAGAGGUAAUAGAAUUCUUAAUGAUAUUGGUAUCAAUUAAGAUAUUUAAAUUGUUAUGGCAUGUUAAAACUUAUUAAUGUAAGAUAUAGAGGAAGAGGUUGAAACAGAUGGAGAAGAAUAAUAAUUAGAAUAAAGUAAUUAUUUAUUAUCUAUUAUUUUUAAGAUUUACAUGAUAAAUAAGAAUUCUUAGAAAUAUUAAAUAAAGCAUUAAAUGAAUAGUCUACUUUUUAACAGAGUAUAAAAUCUAUUGAAGAGAUUAAAUAAUCUUUAGAGUAAAAUGAUUUCUUUUAAAUUUGA